AUGACCUACCGAACCACUCUGGACCUGCUUUUCAAAUCUAAGGGAUUUUUUCCUAACUACAAAUGCGAUAACCAGAAGAAUCUCAUGGCCAUUAUUGGAGGAUUAGGUGCUCCUACUUCAUCCUUUAUGGCAGAAACUAUAAAUCGCUUCAAGAUUCCACAGAAAGUUACAGUUGGAGUCUUAGAUCCCAGUGCUCCAAAAGGGAAAGAAUUAUUUAUUGAUGAAGAUGUGAUUGUCUGGCACCCAGCUUUUAACCAGGUACUUCCAAUUUCUCUGUGUAAUGACCGUUGCUCCCCCGGAUACUGGAAGAAAGGAAUGGAAGGAAAACAAUUCUGUUGCUACGACUGUGUUCCAUGUCCAGAAGGGAAGAUUUCAAAUCAAAAGGAUAUGGAUGACUGUUUUGAAUGUUCUCAAGAUCAUUAUCCAAAUAAAGAAAAGAAAGGAUGUAUCCUGAAACUGCUGGUCUUCUUAGCUUUUAAAGAAACCUUAGGAAUUGGUUUGGCCUCAACUGCUCUUUGUUUUUUCUUGUUAACAUCUUGGGUACUUGGAAUUUGUAUUAAGCACAGGGAUACUCCCAUUGUGAAAGCCAACAACAGGUCCCUCACCUACACCCUGCUUGUCUCUCUUCAAAUCUGUUUUCUCUCCUCUUUGCUCUUCCUCAGCCAACCUGGCGAAGCGACCUGCCUUCUCAGACAAUCAACUUUUGGCAUCACCUUCUCAGUGGCCAUUUCUAGUGUCCUGGCCAAAACCAUCACUGUGGUUGUGGCUUUCAUGGCCACUAAACCAGGAUCUCAGAUGAGGAAAUGGGUGGGGAAAAAAUUGGCCUUUUCUAUUGUCCUUUUCUGCUCCCUCUUCCAAGUAUGUAUUUGUAGUAUUUGGUUGUUCUCAUUCCCUCCAUUCCCUGAGUUGGACAUGCAUUCACAGUCCCAAGAAAUGAUUUUACAGUGCAAUGAGGGGUCAACUUCAUUCUUCUAUUGUGUCUUGGGCUACAUGGGUAUCUUGGCCAUCGCCAGCUUUAUUGUGGCUUUUUUUGCCCGUAAAUUACCUGACAGCUUUAAUGAAGCCAAGUUCAUCACCUUCAGCAUGUUGGCCUUCUGCAGUGUGUGGAUCUCCUUCUUUCCAGCCUAUUUGAGCACAAAAGGCAAAGCCAUGGUAGCUGUGGAGGUCUUCUCCAUCUUGUCCUCCAGUGCUGCAUUACUAGGAUGCAUAUUCCUCCCAAAAUGCUACAUUAUUGUUUUGCGUCCUGACCUCAACCACAGGGAGCAACUCAUAAAGACAAAAUAGGACCUCAUAUGAUCUCUCUUGCUAAGAAAAAAUGCUGACCAAAAAGAUUAAAAGACCAUUUGCUUUUUAUAGGAACCAUGUAGUUUGAUUUUUGCCAAAGGAUUUAUGGGGGAUUAUUAUUAUUAUUAUGGUUUCUCACAUGGUUAGAUGUUCAAAUUGACUUUGGCAAUUUGUUCCCCAUAUCAAAUCCUUCCCAAGGACCUGGGAAUGGCGGAUGUGAAUGUUUGGUGGUGUUUAAAUGUAUCAUUGCAUGUUGUAAGCUUUUCUGAAUAAAAUUGUUGA